GCGGAGUUUCCAUGGGAACCGCAAGGCCGCGUCUCGCUGGGGUCCCGGACGCCUGCCGGCGCUGAGAAGACAUCCUUGGGGAAUAUUGCGAAAGGGAAGACUUUGGGGCUGGGUUUAGGCCAGUCUCCUAGUCCUGCCCUUCCCUUGGUUGAUGCCCUGGGCAAGGUGUACACCUCUGGCCUGGACUGAGCGCUCAUCUCAACUCUCGGCGCCAUCGUCAUGCUGAGUUGCCUCUUCCUCCUGAAGGCACUUCUUGCUCUUGGGUCCCUGACAUCCUGGGUGGCUGCAGGAGAGCAUGUGAAAGCAGGAGAAUGCCCUCCUGAUAAGAACCCGUGCAGAGAGCUGUGCCAGGGGGAUGAGUCGUGUCCGGCCAGGCAGAAGUGCUGCAGCAUCAGCUGCGGUCGGGUCUGCCGAGGAGACCUUCCAGAAGGGAGGAAAGGAGAUUGUCCCAGGGCUGUUCGGAAACAGUCCUGCUUCCAAAGGUGUAUCACUGAUGAGACUUGUCCAGGUACAAAGAAAUGCUGCACGUUUGGCUGCAACAAGCUCUGUGUGGUCCCAGUCUCUAAACCAAAGCUGG